CGGACAUCUAAAGUGGGCAGGGCACGUCUCCCUCCUCCCUCGUCUCGAAAACACCCCGUGGUUCAACUCGUGUUCUGGCUUUCGUUGACACCGGUGUAAAAUUUUGCCCAAUUUGACCAGCACCUAACUUUACUGGCCAUGGCAGAAGCGGAGCUCGCUUCAGCACUAAAAGAUCUGCCGAUUCGUAUACAGACCGCCAGCCGCAAAGAUAGGAAGGCGACGUUCAAGGCCCUGGUCGCCGUGAUUGAAAACCCAGGCUUUGAAAAUGUCAUCAAAAAGCUCUGCAAGCUCCUGCCAACAGUGCUGCUUCGAUACGAAGACAGCAAGUCGCAAGUGUUUGUCAAAGUUUUCUUGGCUGCCCUGGUCAAAACACAUGAAGAAGCAACUCUGAAAAGUCUUGUGCCGGUUUUACUGGAGACGGCUAACAAUUUCAACUCUGUCUCCCCAUCAAAAAACAUUGCACAAACAUCUCUAUACGCGCUUGAGUGGACCUGCGUUUUGCUGAGGAAUUCAUCGAAGCUAGCCGUCGGGCCAGAUUUGGCAGGUAUCCUGGCAUGCCAAGCACAGUUUCUCUGCUCAAUUGUCAGCGGAGGUGGAACUAAAGCCUCAAAGAAAGCUGAGCACAUUCUCUUUGUGACAUGGUCGGCUGCCAAAAGUGGCAGCAAAGAUGAAAAACUGCAUCAAAUUUGUUCCGAGCAGCUGAAAGAGGCGGUCAAGGCAGAGGAAGGCAACAUCGCCAUUGUGGUUUACGGCUCUUAUCUGGCCAGAUAUUAUUCAGAAUUGAAGACGACUGAAAAAAUUGCAGAUUUCAAGGCUCCCUUGCUUGAAGUAUUUGUGAAGAGUGCUGUGACCUGCAAGCAAGUUGCUCGAAUUGAUUUAGUCAAGGCCUGUGCGCCAUUCCUCAGACACCUGACCCAUGACGACCUAGGCAGCGUCCUUCUCCCAGCACUGCAGCGAGCUUUGCUCAGAUCUCCUGAGACAGUUCUUUCCAGCAUUGCAUGCAUUCUUAGUGCUGUUUCCCUUGACUUGAGUCAAUACGUCAAGCCGUCUGAUUCAUCAAACAUUACCAAAAGCCUUUCAAGCCUUCUAUAUUCCAAGCAAGAUGAUUUAAGAGCUAGUGCUGCCGAGGCUGUGAAAAGCGUCUCUCAACAGUGCAGCAACUCAUCUGCUGUGGAGGACUUGCUUGUCCAUUUGUUUGGAAUUCUUCAGGGCUCGGAGGGAAAAUUGUCGACAGCUGAUAUGAAAAUGAGCGUACUUCAGGGUAUUGGAAAUUUGAGUUCAAAUGCAGUUACUGGAAGCAGCGUCCAUCAACUUUCUUGCAAAGCGGCUGAAUGCUUUAUCAAAUCUCUAGAAAUUGAAAUCCAUGAAGGAACUUUGGUGAAGAUUCUUGAGAUGUACUCCUUGUGGUGUGCAAAAUUUGCUAACAGUGUGCCUAAAAUUGUGAUCGAUUGGUUCAUCAAAGGGCCAGAGCUGAAGACAAGCACUUCAUCUGUUCGAACUGCGUACAUUGAAUGCAUGCUGGUGUGCUUCCAUGGGAACACUCUCAACCAGGCCGCAGAACUUUUGGAGCCACUUUUAAAGAGAGUGGAAAAAGCUUCUGCUCAAACUACACAGCAAGCAGUGGUAACUGAGGGCCUGGCAGCUGCUUGUCUAAUUCUGAAAUUAGCCGCAGCUGAUGUGUCGGUUGAGUCAAAAUUAAAUUCUUUCUGGUCCAUCGUGUACGACAUGGACCGGCAAAUUUUCCUCUCCGAGAAAUUCCUUACACAGAGCACUGCGUCCACCUUAAAUCUAGUGGCCCAAUAUUGUGAGCGUCUUCUUAGUGCUCACAAAAAGAGUGAGACCGAACUCAAACCUGUCCAGCAUGCUCUUCUUUAUUGUAUGACUCACAAUGAUCAAGGUGUAAGGCAGCAGACCAGAGCCCUAGUGAAGAGACUUGUGCAGUCUCUCGGUGGCGUCAAAUUGGCCUGUCAGCUACUGGAGGAGUUGAAUGAUUUCCUAGAGAAUCUGCAGCCAGACAAGGAAAAUAACUCUGUGGACACUGGUGGAGGGGUCGAGGGGAAGGGAGCUGGAGAAGUGAGUGCCAAGGUGUAUGUUGACUGCAUCCUGGCAAUCUGCUCCAGCUCCAAAAUGGCAGAGGACGCUGCGGAGUUGGCGCUUAGCGGACUGCUGAGCUGCCACCACCAACUGGUGUCCUCUGUUGAUUCAGCGCUCUGGCUGAAACUUUUGAAACAUGCCAGCGUGUCGCCCACCAAGUUCAUUGAAGCAAACGCUGAAGAGCUGAGGCGCAGACUCAUUGUCGAAUACAAGAACAAGCCAUGUUUUUUCAACGCAUUGAAGUCGGUCAUUUCGGCAGGCUGGGCAUUUGUGCUUCCAACAUUGGCCGAAAAAUGUCUGACACAACUCGCAGACUCGGCAUUGCUUAAUGUGACUCUGACAGAUUACCAGAUCUAUUUGACUCCAGAAGGUGAACUUUACGACAAGAGCGUUGUUUCGGUUGAUCAGAAUGAUGGUCUGAUCAACGCCAAGAACAUGAAGAGAGAGUCAAAGGCCUACUCAUACAAAGACCAAGUGGAAGAAAUGCAACUAAGGAAGGAACUGGCUGAGAAGAAGAAGAAGCAGGGCGUCAAGGUUGAACCAGAAAUGAGCCACAAGCAACGAGAGGCCAUGCGGGUGCAGCUUGAGAAGGAGAGCGCCAUACGCAACCGACUUGCCGUUUUGAGCGAGUCUCUAGCUAGCACCAUCUCUAUGAUUGAUUCCGCCAUUGAAAGCAAGCCAGAGGCAUUUUCUUUCUACUUCAAAGACUUGAUUCCUGUUGUUCUUCAAACCUUGCAAUCUCCUUUGGCCGCUCCAGCCACACACUUGCUUUUCAUCAGACUGGGUGAAUGCGUGUUUCCACGUAAAAGCGGCGGAUUGAAUCAGCUUGUUGGUUACACCACGCUUAGAAUGCAUUUGCCCAAAUGCAUCAUCGACCACGAAUGGCAACAAGAAGAUCUGUUGCUGGCUGUGCAGAGGACAAUUGCGCUGCUCGACAAAGCCAUUUCACGAAAGAGAAAGGGAGACGAGAUUCAGUCGGGUGUCUGUUUGAGCGCCCCAGCAUUCUGCUUUUGCUUUCCUUUGAUAAGAGCCUCACUUUUGUCCAUUGACCUUGGCAUCAGGAGCAAAAACCCAAACGAAAACCUGAUCAACAUGGGCAUCCACUUCAUAUCAGAGCACGCUAAGAUGAGGAGUGGCGGCGCUGACGACUUGCACGAUCCCACCCUGCUUCCGAGGAAGAACAUGUUUGAUUUGCUGAUCGACAUCAUUGGAGAAACAAGCAGCCGGCUGCAACAGUUGGCCUGCAACACCCUCAUUGACGUGGCCAUGUCUGGCUCCGGCAACCCUGGCUGUGCUCGAGCCAGAGAGGAUGAAGUUAGAGCACUCAUGACUGCUCUGCAAAACCCUUUGGCUGUGAUUAGGGACUCAGCAAUCAGGGCGCUUCUAACCAUGGAAAAAGCUCUUCCCGGACCAAAAGAUGACCUUAGUCUUGAGCUUCAGAGGCGCUUGUAUGUUGCCUUGUAUGACGUCUGCAAUGAAAACAGAGAACCUGCUGAUCAGCUGUGGAAGGCUGCAAAGUUGCAAAUCAAUCACGAAAAGCUCUGCCCUGAACUACUUAAGGACAUUAUUCAUCCUGUAGAUGAAAUUCAAACAGCCGCUGCUGAAGCUUUGGCUGAACUCAUCAAGCAGCGCACCUCUUUGCUCAACGGAGUGCUGCAAGAACUGCUACUCAUUUAUGAAGAUAAGCUGGCCAUGACCCCGCCCCAGCUGGAUGACUUUGGUCGUGUGAUUGUCGACUCCAUUGAUCACUGGGAGCCAAGAAAGGGGGUUGCUAUGGCCCUCCAGCAGCUCGCUCCACUUCUCACGCCAGUCUUUGUGUCAGAACUGGCAGAAUUUUAUGUCUCAACAGGUCUGAUGGACCGCAACGAAAACGUCCGGAAAGCAAUGUUGGCGUCCGCCCUUGCAGCUGUGGAUCUUCAUGGCAAAGAAACUGUCAGCAGUCUUCUGCCAACUUUUGAAGAGUUUUUGGAUAAAGCACCCAAUUCUAGCAACUAUGACGCUGUUCGCCAAUCUGUCGUGAUCUUGAUGGGUUCAUUGGCCCGACAUUUGGAAUUGACUGACCCGAGAAUCAAACCAAUCGUGCACCGCCUCCUCAACGCUUUGACCACUCCAUCGCAACAGGUGCAAGAAGCCGUUGCAAACUGCCUGCCACCCCUGAUGCAGGCUGUGAGCGACGACGCUCCAGAUAUUGUCAGAGGACUUUUCCGACAACUUUUGGAGUCUGAUAAAUACGGCGAGCGGAAAGGAGCUGCUUACGGCUUGGCCGGAGUGGUGAAGGGCCUAGGAAUUCUUGCCCUGAAGCAACUGGAAAUCAUGGCCACUUUGACUGAAGCCAUUCAGGACAAGAAAAAUUACCAGCACAGAGAAGGUGCCCUGUUUGCCUUUGAAAUGCUUUGCAGCAUGUUAGGUCGUUUGUUUGAGCCGUACAUUGUUCACGUUCUGCCCCACUUGCUCCUCUGCUUCGGAGAUCCCAACCAGUACGUAAGAGAGGCCACAGAUGAAACGGCAAAGGUGGUCAUGAGCAGACUCUCCGCCCAUGGAGUCAAACUUGUGCUACCCUCAUUGCUGGCAGCUCUUGAAGAAGAUUCGUGGCGCACGAAAACUGGCUCCGUCGAAUUACUUGGCGCCAUGGCCUUCUGUGCGCCAAAGCAACUGUCAUCUUGUCUCCCUAGUAUUGUUCCCAAGCUGAUUGAAGUCUUGAGCGACUCUCAUGUAAAAGUGCAAAAGGCAGGCGCGCAGGCUCUUGGGCAGAUUGGUUCUGUCAUCCGAAAUCCUGAGAUCCAAGCCAUCGUCCCAGUUCUUCUGGAAGCUUUGCAGGACCCCGCUAAAAAGACUGCUACCUCUUUGCAGACGCUCCUUGAGACGCAGUUUGUGCACUUCAUAGAUGCACCCUCUUUGGCUCUCAUCAUGCCUGUGGUCCAACGAGCCUUCCAAGAUCGGUCCACCGAGACAAGAAAGAUGGCUGCUCAGAUUAUAGGAAAUAUGUACUCUUUGACUGCACAAAAAGACUUGAUGCCAUAUUUACCCACCAUCAUUCCUGGUUUGAAGAUGUCCUUGUUGGACCCUGUGCCUGAGGUGAGAAGUGUGUCAGCAAGAGCGCUGGGAGCAAUGGUCAGGGGAAUGGGAGAAUCAAGUUUCGAGGAACUUUUACCUUGGCUGAUGGAAACCUUGACGUCAGAAUCAAGCUCAGUAGAUAGGUCAGGAGCUGCUCAGGGCUUGAGCGAAGUUGUCGGCGGCCUAGGUGUAGAAAAACUGCACAAACUGAUGCCUGAAAUCAUUGCCACGGCUGAGAGAACCGACAUUGCGCCUCACGUAAAGGAUGGCUACAUCAUGAUGUUCAUUUACAUGCCCGUUGCUUUCCCCAAAGAAUUUACACCAUACAUAGGUGAAAUCAUCAAUCCCAUUCUGAAAGCCCUGGCCGAUGAAAAUGAGUAUGUCCGUGACACGGCUCUGAAGGCAGGUCAGCGAAUUGUUAACUUGUACGCAGACACAGCUAUCAUGCUGCUGCUUCCCCAACUGGAGCAGGGAUUAUUUGAUGACAAUUGGAGGAUCAGGUACAGCUCGGUGCAGUUGCUGGGUGACUUGCUGUACAAGAUAUCAGGCGUGUCCGGCAAAAUGAGUACCGAGACUGCAGACGAAGACGACAAUUUUGGAACUGAGCAAAGCCACUCUGCUAUUAUUGAUGCCCUUGGUGGUGAGAGAAGAAACAGAGUCUUAGCUGGAUUGUAUAUGGGAAGAUCUGACGUUGCUUUGAUGGUUCGUCAAGCUGCCCUUCACGUUUGGAAGGUUGUCGUCACCAACACACCUCGCACCCUGAGAGAAAUAUUACCCACUUUAUUCGGCUUGCUCUUGGGCUGCUUGGCCAGUACGAGUUACGACAAACGUCAAGUGGCAGCUCGAACCUUGGGCGAUCUUGUGAGGAAACUGGGCGAGCGUGUGCUGCCUGAAAUUAUUCCCAUUCUGGAAAGGGGAUUGGAGUCCGACCAGCCAGAUCAGCGCCAAGGUGUUUGCAUUGGACUUUCGGAAAUCAUGGCCUCAACCAGCAGGGACAUGGUUCUCACGUUUGUCAAUAGCUUGGUGCCAACCGUCAGAAAAGCUCUAUGUGAUCCUCUUCCCGAGGUGAGACAUGCUGCGGCCAAAACGUUUGACAGUUUGCACUCAACGGUCGGAGCAAGGGCUCUGGAUGACAUUUUACCGGCUAUGCUCCAACAAUUGAGCGACCCUGAAUUAGCCGAGUAUACCCUAGAUGGAUUACGACAGGUUAUGGCUAUCAAGUCCCGUGUGGUUCUGCCAUACUUGGUGCCACAGCUGACUGCCCCGCCAAAGGCCAACACCAAAGCUCUGUCCAUUUUGGCUUCAGUUGCUGGAGAAGCGCUGACCAAAUAUCUCCACCGCAUUUUGCCUGCCCUUCUCUCCGCCUUGGCUGACGCACAGGGAACGGCCAACGAGGCUCAGGAGCUUGAGUAUUGUCAGGCUGUGAUUUUGUCUAUUGCUGAUGAGGCUGGAAUUCGGACUGUAAUGGACCAACUGAUGGAGGCAACCAAGUCAGAAAAAGCUGAGACCCGUCGCUCAGCGGCCACCUUGCUGUGCGCAUUCUGCAGCCAUUCUAGAGCGGAUUAUUCGCAGUAUGUGCCUCAACUGUUGCGAGGUCUGAUUCACCUGUUCGCUGACCAAGACAAGGAUGUUCUACAAAUGAGCUGGGAGGCGCUGAAUGCCGUCACUAAGACACUUGACCCUGCCCAACAGCUUGAGCAUGUCAGUGAUAUCCGCCAGGCUGUUCGAUUUACAGUGAGCGAUUUGAAGGGCCAGGAACUGCUGCCAGGCUUUUGUCUGCCGAAAGGAAUCACUCCAAUUCUACCAAUAUUCCGUGAGGCGAUCCUCAACGGUGCCCCUGAACUGAAAGAACAGGCUGCCCAAGGACUGGGCGAAGUAAUUAAACUGACCAGCGCAGAAGCUCUGCAGCCGUCUGUUGUGCACAUUACUGGACCACUGAUCCGUAUCCUUGGUGAUCGCUUUAACUGGAACGUGAAAGCUGCCGUUUUGGAAACACUGGCUCUCCUGCUGGCUAAGGUGGGCCUGAUGCUGAAGCAAUUCCUUCCACAGUUGCAGACCACCUUCCUCAAAGCCCUCAACGACGCCAACAGACAGGUUCGCCUGAAGGCAGCGUGUGCCCUGAGCCACCUGAUUGUAAUCCACACCAGAGCUGACCCACUUUUCAUGGAACUUCACAACAACGUUAAAAACGCUGAUGACCCUGGAAUUCGAGAGACGACCCUGCAUGCCCUUCGCGGCGUUAUUACUCCAGCUGGCGAGAAAAUGACAGACCCGCUGAAAAAGGCAGUUUUCCAAACUCUCAUUUCCAUGCUCUCACACCCUGAGGACACUACCCGAUCUGCAGCUGCUGGAUGUCUUGGCGCCCUUUGUCGAUGGCUCUCAAAGGACAAAUUAAAUGAGUUGCUGACUGAGCGUUUGCUAGUUGAUGAACCGUCUCUAGACUGGACGUUGCGACAUGGACGAAGCGCUGCUGUUUUCGUCUGCCUGAAAGAAUCCCCUGAGUCCAUUUACACUGAUGAGCACAAAUCCAAAGUGGAUAAAGUAUUGGCCAGCUAUUUAGCAGCAGAUCGAGUUCCAAUUGUGAUGAAUGGAGUCCGAGGCUGCGGGUACCUGAUGGUGCACUUGAUGAAAAAUAAGCAGCCAAUUCCCUCGGCACUUGUGCAGCCACUGGCAAGGAGCAUGAACCACAUGAGCAAUGAAGUAAAGCAGUUGUUGGCCAGAGUGGCAACCUUUAUCGCCAGGACUGUGCCACCUGAGCAGUUGCAACCUGAGCUGCUUAAGGUACUCAUCCCCACUCUGGUGAAUGGCACCAAAGAGAAGAACACCGUUGUCAAGGCCAACAGCGAAUUGGCCUUGGUUGCCGUUCUCCGUCUGAGGCACGACAACGAGUUUCAGAACAAGUGCAUGGCUAUGCUUGAUGUGGGUGCCAAGGAGAGUUUGUCAGAUGUCAUCAGCAAGGUGCUCAAGAAGAUCGCCAACCAGCCAGAGGGCAAGGAGGAGGAACUUGACGACACCCUGCUUGUGUGACUGAUGCAUUUUUUUGCCUUUGCUGGACCUAGAAUUCCAGCUUUAAUUACAAAGAUUGCGUGUUUCCAAGGACCGUGUACUAUUAAUAAAUCCAUGUU